UUGUAAUGUUCGAGCGCGCUUAUCCCCAAAGAAAGUUCUCUGCUUCACCGCUGUCUUGAGGUCGGGUAACUUAAAGCUGGCAAAGAAGACUAAUAAAUGUCUUACCUUGUUUUUGUCUAGUGUGAGAUUGUGUCAGGAAUCGUACAGUAUUGUGCUGCAAAUGUGAAUGUGAAAACAUACAGUUUGUUGUAAUCAACUUCUUAAACCGGGGUCGUUUGCUAGCCAGGUUAGCUUGCUAGCUAACUGAAGCCAAGCUGAUAGUAUAGCUAAUUCCUCUGUCCUCACAGGAUAUAAUCGUAGGAUCGAGCCUUUAAGAUCCGAAUAACCGAAAUAGGGUUUUACUGCUUGUUGAAGUUAGUCAAUUUAGAGUUAAAUACAGAAGGCUUCUGCAGUGAUGGCAGAACGACCCGAAGAUCUUAACCUGCCCAACGCUGUCAUCACACGUAUCAUCAAAGAAGCACUACCAGAUGGCGUAAACGUAUCAAAGGAAGCAAGGAGAGCCAUCUCCCAGGCCGCCAGUGUUUUUGUGCUGUACGCUACAUCAUGUGCUAACAACUUUGCCAUGAAGGCUAAACGGAAGACCUUGAAUGCUGGGGAUGUGAUGUCCGCUAUGGAGGAGAUGGAAUUCGAGCGGUUCAUGCAACCCCUCCGCGAGGCGUUGGAAGCUUACAAAAAGGGGCAGAAAGGUAAAAAGGAGGCCUCUGAACAGAAGAAGAAAGACAAAGAGAAAAAGAGUGACGUCGAAGAGAGCGACAAGAAUAAAGAUGAAGAGGAGGAAGAGGAAGAACAUAUGGAUGAGGAGCCAGAGGCAGAGAAUGAGGUUGAAGAUGAAGAGGUUGAAAACUGAAGACCUGCUUCUUCACCACCCAUGGGAAGUGCCCUGGUUUUGGAGGGCCUUGAUGUGAACUGUUAGUUGCCUAACGAGCCUGUGGUCUGUAUGGCGCGCAGCUAGAGGAUUUUGUUUGUUCAGUCUGUGCCACAGUGGAGUAUGUAGUUUAGGAAUGCUUUUUGAAAGCAAUCUGCAAAGUUAACACAGUGCAUGUGAAGUUGGUGGCUUAAAUGUUUGUUUCUCCACUUUGUGGAGGAUCUACACUUGUAUGUUUAAGUUCCCUAAGAAAUACAUCCAACAGCGCAAAACAUUUCUCAGGGUACCAAAUUUAAGAAAUCUGUAGGUUUCUCCAAGCAUUGUGCCAACUAUUUGGUAGAGGCACAGUAAUAUGUAAAUCAUUUAAAAUGCCAGCCUUUCUGGUGAAGUUACUCAUUUGUACUUUUAUAUUUCGUUUCAUAUUAAAAUUUGUUUUG